AGCACGGAUUCGCGACGAGAACCCGAAACAACACAGCGGCGGACUCUUUUUCUCUCCGAGCGAAGCGCCGGCCCCAGACCAUGCCGUCUCCAAUGGAGGAGAAGAUGAAAGCCAUGCUGGCCCUGAAUGCCAGGGGCGGCAAGGAGGAUCCCAAGCCAACAGCGAAGGAGGGCGCAAUGGUCCUUGCGGACAACCCGCAGGGCGCUGGAGGAGAGACUUGGGAGAUGGUGGGCCAACAAGAGCUGGUUCCGCAGCAACAGCGGCGAAGUCGCAACGCAGGCAUCCACACCAUCGAGAUCUACUACCCCCAGUUUUACUUUGACCAGGUGGAAAUGGAGGAGUAUGAUGCUGCGCCGGAGAGGUACGGCCCCACGGUGAUCGGGAAGUACACUAAAGGCAUCGGCCAGAUCGAGGGCCGCUUUCCCUCAGAUGACGAGGAUCCCAUCUCCUUCGCCAUGACGGCAGUCCACCGAUUGCUCGAGCGCAUGCAGGAGAAAGGCAUCAACGAGACGGGGAACUACAUGCCCGACGGCCGAACUUUGAGCCCCUGGAACGCCAUUGGUCGCCUUGACGUUGGCACGGAGAGUAUCACAGAUCGUUCCAAGUCCAUGAAGUCUUUCAUCAUGGACCUCUUCGAGCGCUAUGCCAACGAGUCCAACAUCGAGGGCGUGGACCAGUACAACGCCUGCUACGGUGGCCAAGCCGCCGGGCUCUGCACCCUGAGCUGGGUGGAGUCCGACCGCUGGGACGGGCGCUACGGCAUCGCGGUGGCCACGGACAUCUCGGAGGCGCACCCCGCCUUCAUGGCCUUCGCCGGCGCGGCGGCCACCGCCACGCUCUUUUACCCGGACGCUCCCAUGUCGCACCACUCCCAGCGCGCCUCCUGCGUGUUGCACCGCUUUGACUUCUGCAAGCCCGUGGGCUGGCACGACAUGGCGCCGAUCACGGACGGGAAGUACAGCGUGGAGUGCUACUUGGACGCCGGGGCCCGCAGGAAAGGGGAGAGAUCGGCCCCCAGAAAAGCUUGA